AUGCUUCAGAGCAGUCAGUACAAGACCAAAAUCCCGACGCCACCAACAGGCUCCGUCUGGGCAUUUCAGGGCGUGCAGACGCUGAUUGGCCUCGCGGGCGCCCUGCUGCUGGAGUUCCUGGAUGCCGAAACUUGGCUCCGGGAUGCUCUCCGCUUCACGCCGAAGAAUGGCGCGGGCCUGACCCUGGCCGUGGUGGCCCUCGUGUCCCAGCUGGUGAUGCUGCCAGGCAUGAAUAACCUGAUCAAGGCCCGGGAGGAGCAGAAGGUGGGGCAGCCAGUUCAUCACCCGGCGCCGGGUGAGCUGGCUUCCGAAGACGACCGAAUCCUCUUUCUCUACAAGCUCAGGGCCUUCGAGAAUGUCGUGGAGUGGCUGCCGGUGUUCAUCAUCCACGCGGGCGCGCUUGUCGCCCUGGGCAAGGUCGGGACCUGCGUACUCCUUUGUAUCCCCUACACGGUGGGGAAGUUCAUGUUCGCGUACGGCUAUGGCGCUGGCGCUCCGACGUUCGAGUUCUAUCAGGGCAACGGGUAG